AUGUCGAAGCGCGACCUGACCGUCAUCCAGCCGCGCAUGGUCAAGAAGGGCCCCUUCUCCGUCGAGGCCCCCGGCUGCGAACCCGUCGCCGGAGAGACCAUUCCCCGCCGACACCCGAAAGCCAAGGAUGGCCUCAUCCUGCGCCCUUCAGAGGACGUGUCCACCACCUACGAGAACUUCCGUCGCUCUGCUCGUCUAUUCGGCAACAACAAGGCCGUCGGAACCCGUAAGCUGGUCAAGACCCACGUCGAAAACAAGAAGGUCAAGAAGAUCGUUGAUGGAGCUGAGACCGAGGUGGACAAGAAAUGGACCUACUUCGAGCUGAGCGGAUACACAUACAAGUCGUUCCUUGAGUAUGAGCAGCUCUGUCUCCAGCUUGGAGCCGGUCUGCGCCACAUCGGCCUCGAGAAGAACAGCCGCAUCCACCUCUACGGAGCCACUAGUGCGCACUGGCUGGCCAUGUCGCACGGUGCUGCCUCUCAAUCGGUGACCAUUGUCACCGCCUAUGACACCCUGGGCGAGGAAGGUCUGGCGCAUUCGCUCAAGCAGACUCAAUCCGAAGCUAUCUUCCUGGACCCCGGUCUGAUCAAGUCGCUUCUCCACAUUCUGAAGGAUAUCCCGUCAAUCAAGCACAUCAUUUACAACACCGACACCGAGGUGAACCAGGAGGACCUGGACAAGCUGAAGAGCGACUUUGCCCACAUUUCCGUGCAGAGCAUUGAGGACCUACGCAAGUCCGGCGAGGAGAACCUCGUUGACCCGGUGCCGCCCAAGCCCGAGGAUCUCUGUUGUAUUAUGUACACCUCUGGCUCUACCGGCCCGCCCAAGGGUGUUUCUCUGACCCAGGCCAACGUGGUUGCUGCCAUGGCCGGUGUCAACGCCAUUACCGAUGCUUGCAUUACCUCCACUGACUCCCUGCUCACAUACCUGCCCCAAGCGCACAUCUUGGAAUUCAUGUUUGAGAACCUCUGCCUGUUCUGGGGUGGUACCAUGGGAUACGGUAACCCCCGCACCCUGUCCGAUACCUCAGUGCGGAACUGCAAGGGUGAUAUUCGCGAGUUCAAGCCGACCAUCCUGGUUGGUGUGCCGGCAGUUUGGGAGACUGUGAAGAAGGGUGUCUUGAACAACCUCAACAAGACCAGCUUCGUCGUCAAGGGCAUGUUCUGGGGUGCCUUUGCCGCCAAGAGCUUCCUCUUGAACAACGGAUUUCCCGGUGCCAACUUUGGCGCUGGCGUCCUUGAUUCCAUUGUGUUCAAGAAGCUCAAGGAGGCGACUGGUGGUCGCCUUCGUGUUUUGAUGAACGGUGGUGGCCCCAUUUCCAAGGACACCCAGAAGUUCUUGUCUAUGGCCAUUGCGCCCAUGAUCAGCGGCUACGGGUUGACUGAGACCUCCGCGAUGGGUGCCCUGAAUGACCCGUUGGCCUGGAACCCCGAGGUUCUGGGUGACAUACCCGCAUCGGUGGAGAUCAAGCUGGUCGAUUUCCCCGAUGCUGGGUACUUUGCCAAGAACAACCCUCCCCAAGGCGAGAUUUGGAUCCGCGGUGGUAGUGUGACCUCCGGCUACUUUGACAACGAGGAGGAGACCAAGGCUGCUUUGACCGAAGAUGGCUGGUUCAUGACCGGGGAUAUUGGCGAGUUCGACCACAACGGUCACCUAAACAUUAUCGAUCGCAAGAAGAACUUGGUCAAGACUCAGAACGGCGAGUACAUUGCCCUUGAGAAGCUGGAGUCUGUUUACCGCUCGUGCCCGGUGGUUGGCAACAUUUGUGUCUACGCCGCUCAAGACCAGGACAAGCCGAUUGCCAUCAUUGUUCCCGUAGAGGUUGCACUGAAGAAGAUUGCCUCCGAAAAUGGCAUUUCGGGCGACAGUUUGGAGACUCUCGUUCACAACGAGAAGCUCCAGCGUCUUGUCCUGCAGCAGCUGCAGGCCAGUGGUCGCUCUGGUGGCCUCCGGGGUAUUGAGAUCAUCAACGGUGUUGUGCUGUCCGACGAGGAGUGGACUCCCCAGAACGGCUUUAUGACUGCUGCUCAGAAGCUGCAGCGCAAGAAGAUCGUUGACAAGUACAAGGCCCAGAUCGACGCUGCCUACAGCAAGGCAUAA